UCUCUGUCUGGAGAAAGUGCCCAUGGCAUCCCCAUCACUGUCCAAUCGUAAUGUAGACAGAGACCAGGAGAUAAUCACUUGUUAUGAGAAGUCUGGAGACAUCGCCCUUCUCUAUCUUCAGGAGGUAGAAAAGGCUCUUAGUGUUGGCAUUCAGAACCGCAGUCCAAAGCCCGGUCCGGUCACACAGGAACAGGAACUUGGCUACUUCCUGGAGACAGGACUUCAGAGGGCUCAUGUUAUUCAUUUUAAAAAUGGCCGUGUGUUUGACGACUACUCUAACCUGACCCGUGGUGUCGGCCGCUUCCGAGAGAUUCUCCGAGCCGUAGAGACCAGAACCACUCAGAACCUGCGUAUGACUAUCGCCAGGCAGCUUGCAGAGAUCCUGCUGAGGGGCAUGUGUGAACAGAGUUACUGGAACCCACUAGAAGACCCCCCUCACCACUCCCCCCUGGACGACCCUCUCAGACACACCCCUCACACUAAGGACUACGCCCUCAGCCGCCGCCCACGCAUCUACUCAGGAGAAAAUUUGUUUUGUCCACAGGAGAACACAGAGGAGGCCUUACUCCUGUUGUUAAUCAGCGAGUCCAUGGCUAACAGAGACGCCGUGUUGAGUCGAAUCCCCGAACACAAUAACGACCGAAUCAUCAGCCUCCAGAGCGCCUCGCUGGUGUACGACCUCCUGACCAUCGCGCUCGGCCGACGCGGACAGUAUGAGAUGCUCUCAGAGCAUCUCUUCGAGGAAUGCAAGAAGAGUAUCAGAAAAAAGCGCUGA